CCGUGCGUGAAUAAACACAUACAGGUCCGAAGCUGUAAACAGUUUAAAAAAAGAAGAAGAAGAAAAAGAAGAAAGAAAAGAAAAGAAAAGAAAAGAAAAGAAAAAAGAAAAAGAAGAAAAGGGGAAAAAACCUUGCAGAGCGUGAGGGCUCGGCGGAAACUGGAAAACUUAGGCGCUGUCCAUGGUGCUGAAUUUGAAUAGCCCCUCGCCGUCCCCUUGGGCCGUGGGGGGACCGGCGACCCCGCUGUGAAGCGUCACAUUGUUCGGCGACCUGCUCGUACCUGAGCUCACCGGAUGAUCGAUGAUCCGGAGGUCGGUGGUGAUGGUGUACGAUUUCAACCGCCAGGUUUAGAAGGACAGCAGACUCGGUCUCGGUUCGCACGGGAACAUGGAUGAAGGACUUGUGGGAUUAAAAGCCCGAAUGAAGACAGCAUGUCUCUGAGGAGGCGGCUCACUACGUACUUUCACAGGUUAUCUGUUUACUGACCAGAUCGAGCCCGAUUCAGCCAGCAGCAGCAGGAGGAGCGGGAGCUCAUUCACUCAUCCAUCCAUUCAUGAGAGGAAUUCCAACACGUUGCAAAAAAGAUGAACUGCUGUAAUUUAGUAACCCAUCAAUAAUAGGAGAUUUGCAUUAAAAAAUAUUAACAUUAAUCUAAGAAGAGCAAAUACAUCCACCAAGGCAUGGCUCGUCUUCUUGUUUUGGUCAACUCCGUGGUCCUGUUGCUUUUUGGCAGCGAUGUGUUCUUGGUGGGAGCAAACCGGCCACCAGCUCCUGUCAAUGUGUCUGUCAUGCACCUGCGAGCCGACUCGGCAACUAUAUCAUGGGAAGUUCCAGAGGGGGACAUUAUAAUUGGUUUCUCCAUCUCACAGCAGAGGCAGGAUGGACACAUGCAGCGAUUCAUUCGGGAGGUCAACACAACCAGCCGUUCUUGUGUUCUUUGGGACCUGGAGGAGGAUACAAUCUAUAUCAUUCAGGUCCAGUCUAUUGGCCUCUAUGGCGAGAGUCAAGCCAGCAAGAAGGUCCAUUUUCAUACCCUUAAGAAGUCAGACCGCUUCCCGUCCAACAGCUCCAACCAAGAUGACCCCACUGUGCAGGGACUGGACAAGUCUCGACAUCUACAAACCGGAGAGAUGAUCAUAAUUGUCGUGGUCUUGGUCAUGUGGGCAGCUGUUAUUGCGCUAUUCUGCCGGCAAUAUGACAUCAUUAAGGACAACGACUCCAGCAACAAUAAGGAGAAGGCCAAGCCGUCGUCAGAAAGAAGCACGCCAGAGCACCACAGUGGAGGACUGCUAAGGAGCAAGUUUCACCCUUCUGUGCCAUCAAUCAACAUCAUUGAAGUUUGAGAAGAAGAAAGCCAAACUUAAAAUCCCAUCUCUUCUACCAUCAAAGCGUUUCGACCUUUCUCCCUGAAGGAGGGGGUGAAAGUAGAGAAAAGGAGAGAAAUAUACGAGGCUUCUGUUGGUCAUCAGCAGAGAAAAAAAAGUGUUGACAAAAUACCUGCAUGCACCCAGUAUUUGUAGGAAAAUGCAACACAAACCGACAGACACACUCCGAAUGCCAUCCAGUAAUCCUAUAGAAAUCCACAAAUGCCUACACACAGAAACACCACAGAGUAAGUACAACAGAAUUCUACUCCUGCGGGUUUAUUGUACAUAGAUUAAUGUUAACCCAUGGUGCAGUUAACAUUGAUGUCUUUGCCAGGUGCUUGGUAUAUUAUUGCAAUACAAUACACACAAUACGGCGUAUCAUCUCUGGGAAGCCUGUCUUAGUGACUUUAAAUACGCAGUGUAUUUUUGAUAUUGGCAUGCGCAAUUAGACACCACGUUCACACGUUAUAGACAAGUGCAAAUAGUAUUAAAAACUGCCUGGUCUCUAAUGUAUAUUAUUUUCUGAAUACAGUCAGUAGACUAAUAAGGUGAGAAAGCAAAUACAUUAAUCUAAAAUUAAUUUGCUACAUUUCUUAGUUGUUGUUUUUUUUUAACCUAAUAUUAAAAUUUAACUGCCAUGGUCUGGAUGUAUUUCUUCAUACCUCAUGUAAAACAAAUAUCUCUGUACAUACUUCAUCCAUUUCCUAAUAAAGUUGCAUGCAAGUUAUUUGCGUGUAGAAUAGCCUUCAAUGUGCAUUCUAAGCUAGAUGCCCCAAAAUAGGGAAAUAAACAUGAUUGCAGUACAAUUAAGCUCUUAAUGUUUUUAUUCUUCUAUUUUAUCUGCUUUUAGAAAAGGGCACUGUCAUUUAUCAUCCAGUGUUUUAUUUCACAUCUUGUACAUCU